CUUCUCUGUUAGCGGAAGGAGCUCUGAGCUGAUUAUUGUAAGGGCCAGGAUUUAUUGAAAACAAGUGGAGGCGACCCCAGAAGGACACCGAGCAAACCAUGGCUUUGAGAGGACCCCUCCGUCUUCUCAGAAACCAACUUCUGUCCACAUGUCAGCAGACGAGAGCUCAGUCUGUGGCGGUCCUCGGAGCGCCGUUCUCCAGAGGACAGAAACGGAGAGGCGUGGAACACGGCCCCAAAGUGAUCAGAGAUGCGGGGCUUAUCGAGCGGCUUUCCAGUUUAGAGUACUCAGUCCAUGACUUUGGGGACCUUAAAUUCCACCACAUGGAGAUCGAUGAACCUUACAUGGGUGUGAAGUCCCCUCGCUCAGUGGGCGGAGCCAACAUGAUGCUGGCUGGUGCUGUGAGCAGAGCGGUUGGAGCCGGACACACCCUUGUCAUGCUGGGAGGAGACCACAGCCUUGCAAUUGGAUCGGUGAGUGGUCAUGCCCAGCAGUGUCCGGAUCUCUGUCUCAUUUGGGUGGAUGCCCACGCUGACGUGAACACCCCGAUGACCUCGCCAUCUGGAAACCUCCACGGUCAGCCGGUGGCGUUCAUGCUGAAAGAGCUGCAGGAUAAGAUGCCUGAAAUCCCGGGCUUCUCCUGGACAAAGCCCUUCCUCUCCUCCAGAGACCUGGUCUACAUCGGCCUGCGGGAUGUCGACGCCGGAGAGCACCACAUCCUGAAGAGCUUGGGAAUCCAGUAUUUCAGCAUGAGAGACAUCGACAGACUCGGCAUCCAGAGAGUCAUGGAGGUCACACUCGAUCAUCUUCUCUCCAGAAAACCCAGACCCAUUCACUUGAGCUUCGACAUCGACGCUUUCGACCCGCUGCUGGCCCCGGCGACCGGAACUCCAGUGAACGGAGGCCUGACCUACAGAGAGGGCAUCUACAUCACGGAGGAGAUUCACAACACAGGUCUGCUGUCCGCCAUGGACAUGGUGGAAGUCAACCCUCUACUGGGAGCCAACCACGAGGCCAUCCAGGCCACCGCCUCCUUAGCCGUCGACGUCAUCGCGUCGUCGCUGGGUCAGUCCAGAGAGGGCGCCCACGGGUCCAUGGAUGAGAUCCCCACCGAAAAAGACGAGACAGAGCAGCUUCGCCUCUGAACCCCGGACGGCAAGCUGCACCGUAGCUGAUCAUUCCUCCAUUUUGGAAAGACUUUCCCCUCAUACACAUAAUCGACUGCUUCACUUGAGGAUGAAGCAACUGGCAAUAACUUAUUGUUCUGCUGUAUGGAAUGUGUGUUAAAGCGACUGCUUCAUAUUUAUUUUGUGUCUAGUUUACAGAAGUCCAUCACUAAGCCAGACUCCUAGUAGGGCUCAUGCAGCUGUGCCAUGUGUAUUUGGAGCAGCUGUAGUGACUGCAAUAGGUGACUUUUUUUAAGUUCCAGAAGAAUCCACUGUAGAUUUUAGAUCAUCUACUUACUAUAUCAGUAUUCAUUGGCUUGAAGAUCUUUUGUACUUUAAAGUUUGGGAUCAUGUAACACUUGAAAUGGCUGUGAAUAACUAUUAUUCUUGUAAUAAAUGUUAUUUUCUUGGGUCUUCCUUGAA